UUAUUCAAAAAAAAAAAAAAAAAAAACUUAAACAAGCGAAACCCCUCCUUCCGAAGAUUCAAACGCCAGCCAAAAAAUAUACCCAUCUCCUUCCCUCCAAAGCGAGAAUCGAAAUUUCCCCCAGGCUAGAAAAUUUUCCCCGGAAAAUUCCUGCGUCGCCGUCGACAUUCCACGCCUUCACCGCUGAUUCAAACCCCCCGCCGCAGCUUCUCCGCCAACGAUUGUUCUGUUCUCCAGUUAUAGAUCCACAAAAUGUCAGUUGUCAAGAAUGGUCCAUUAGGUCAGGCGGAGACAACUUGUGGAUCCCUUCUAAACGAGUUGCAGAUAAUCUGGGAUGAAGUUGGUGAGUCUGAUACCGAUCGUGAUAAGAUGCUAUAUGAACUUGAACAAGAAUGUCUCGAAGUAUACAGAAGAAAGGUGGAUCAGGCAAACCGGAAUAGAGCUCAGCUUAGACAGGCAAUUGCUGACUCUGAAGCUGAGCUUGCCGCAAUAUGUUCUGCAAUGGGAGAGCGACCGGUACACAUUAGACAGGCUGAUCAAAGCACUGGAAGCCUGAAGGCAGAACUUGAAACGAUUCUCCCACAACUUGAGGAGAUGCGCAAACGGAAGGUUGACAGAAGAAAUCAGUUUCUUCAAGUUCUUGAAGAGAUCCAGCAGAUUUCAAAUGAAAUAAAUGAAAUAGCUGGUGGCGUUUCUGUAAAUGAAAGUGACCUGUCUUUGAGGAAGCUGGAAGAGUUGCAUAGAAAGCUCCAUGGACUUCAAACUGAGAAGAAUGAUCGGCUGAAGCAGGUUCAGGAGGCUUUAGAUACCAUAAGCUCAUUUUGUGUGGUGCUUGGUAUGGAGCUCAAGCAAACAAUUGCUGAGAUUCAUCCAGAAUUUGACUGUGCUGACGUGUCAAAGAGAAUAAGUAAUGAAUCCAUCAAAUCUUUAGCUACUGCAAUUCAAAGAUUGCGAGAGUUGAAAUUACAAAGAAUGCAAAAGCUACAAGAUCUUGCAACUGCUAUGUUGGAGCUUUGGAACUUGAUGGAUACCCCUAUUGAAGAGCAGCAAGCAUUCCAGAAUGUUACAUGCAAUAUAGCUGCUGCGGAACAUGAGAUAACUGAACCAAAUACCCUUUCCAUGGACUUCCUCAAUUUUGUUGCAGCAGAAGUCUCCCGGUUGGAAGAGUUGAAAGUUAGUAAGAUGAGGGAGCUGGUUCUGAAAAAGAGGGCAGAGCUGGAUGAAGUCUGUAAGAAGACCCAUAUGGUCCCCGAAGCAAAUGUAGCGAUAGAUUGUGCCAUCGAAGCCAUAGAGUCUGGACAAGUAGACCCUGGAAGUCUCUUGGAGCAGAUUGAAUUUCAAGUUGCUAAUGUGAAGGAAGAAGCUUUUAGCAGGAAGGAAAUUCUUGACAAGGUUGAGAAAUGGAAAGCUGCGUGUGAGGAGGAAUCCUGGCUUGAGGAAUAUAAUAGGGAUGAUAAUAGAUACAAUGCUGGAAGAGGCACUCAUUUGAUUCUCAAGCGUGCUGAGAAAGCUCGUGCUUUAGUCACCAAAAUUCCAGGCAUGUUGGAGGGUUUGGCUUCUAAAACAAUGGCAUGGGAAAAGGAGAGGGGCAUAGAAUUCUUAUAUGAUGGUAUUCGCCUUCUUUCCAUGCUUGAAGAGUAUAGCAUUCUAAAACAAGAGAAAGAGGAAGAAAAGCGUAGGCAGCGGGAUCAAAAGAAGCUGCAGGGACAACUAAUAGCAGAACAAGAGGCUCUCUAUGGAUCAAAACCAAGUCCGUCCAAGAACCUUAGUUUCAAAAAGGGAUCUAGAGUUUCAACCGGAGGUGCAACCAAUAGAAGACUUUCCGUAGGAGGAGCCAUGCCACAAACUCCAAAACUCGACAAGACCCUCUCUAGCAGAACAUUGUCUUGCCGGUCUGCCAAGAAGAUCAACAACCACAAUGACUCACUAAGUCAGUAUCAGGAUGAUACGUUCUCUACCUUAUCUGCUGGUAGGAGAGGUCUGGAUAUAGCUGGUCUGCCCAUGAAAGCUCAGUCAUUUGGCACCGCAAACGGCCGAGAACCAGAUUCUGCAAUGCUGCUGCGGAAGCCAUUCUCGCCCAUCUCUUCCACAACAUCAUCCAAAGCUAAUUAUGUAGAAGAGCCAGUCAGAGUAGCCCACGGGGAAAGUGCAUUCAAGAAGAAUGACCAGUUGUUCAUGACUCCUCCAAAGACCACUGCCACCACCGCUGCUUACCUUGCUGAGGAAGAAAACAGAACUCCUAGGCUACUGCCAGUGUCUGCCAUGACACCCUCCACAGUGUCAGUACCGAUGCAGACAGCCAUGACUCCAGCAGCUCCAGUUCAUUUUGGUGGUUUCAAGUCAGCGGGUGAAGAGGCGGUUGCUGAAGAAAUUGAGUACUCAUUUGAAGAGAGAAGAGCUGGGUUUGCUCUUCCUCACACUGCACACGUGAAGUCACUGAUUCAAGUUUGAUGUAAGUUUAGGUGGGCUUUUGAGGUAGUGAAGGCUUCUUUUGGCUUUCAUAGCCUUGCUUGGAGUGCAAGUGAAGAUUGUAAUUGGUUUCUGGAUAGUGUAUAUUAGUCCAUGACAACUGUGGACGAGGACCAGACUCUGUGGGCUGUGGAAAUGCGAGUUUACUUCAAUGCUUGUUGAAUCUGUUGUUUCAAGUAGAGAAUUAAAACAAUAUGGCAAUGGCGGCAUGUUUGUCUGCGGAAGAGAGACAUUUUCAUUGGGCGUUGGGAAGAAAGCGCCAAGGGUGAAAAGGAGUUGCAGAAGAAUGAGAAGAAGAAGAAGAAGAAGACGACGACGAAGGAAAUGGGCUUUGUAUAAAGCGAUUCGUUAAUUAACUUCUCACUCCCAGUCCUCUUCAAGAUUAAGCCUUUU